AUGGCUGACAGCGUAUUUGCGAGCUGGUCGGCCAGGUUCUUGAGCCAUCCAAUUGGGCAUUUGCCGCGCACACUACACAUUACAUUUACAGCCGACACAGACGCCAAGAUAAUUGCGGACGGCUUUGCACUCGCCAAGAACACGUAUCUGCCAGCCAAGCAGCACAGCAGCGCCCAGCACACGCUACUAAACGCGCUCAAAGCAGGACACAAUCUGCCGGUGCGCGAGGAGAUGCAGGCGGCAGAGAUUAUCCGCAAGUGGCCUGACCUGCUUGACCGCGUCCCAUUGCAGGACGACGAUGUCGCCAUGUACAUGGAGGCUUGUCCUGGGCUGCUCCAGAAGAUGGUGCUAGUUUUGCCGGAUCAGGAACGGGCCAACCAGAUCAUCCAGACGCUGAUUCCGCAGCAGAUGAACCCGGUGCAGCAUGCGUCGAGCGCCGAGCUGAUUCUGGGCAGAGCCAGCGACAUUUCGCCAGAAACGCUGUUCAAGUAUCUGGGCGCGGUGGAGGCAACGUGCCGGGUGCAGACUGCGUCGUCUAGCAAGGAAUUCAGCGUGCGGUUGGCAGCCAAAGUGCUGAACAAGGUGCUUGACGCACACCAUGACUAUGCAGUGAUCAUGUCGGUCGAGCUGAACUCACUCUGCCUCACAUAUCCGUGGGUCAAAGAUGCCGCCGACCUGUUUGUGCGAGUGCGCAAGAUCCAGAACGAUCUCGAAAAGGGUGGAUAA